AUGCCGGAAGGGGACAACAUUCAGCCCGACGGUAACCUGCUGUACGAGCGACUUCUGCAGCAGAACGAGCGGCUGGAAGCCCAGAACGCGAGGAUGAUGGAGAUGCUGGAGCGCUUCAACCUGCAAGACGGUUCCAGUCGGACUUCAAACGGUCCGGAAUUCAUCAUUGAAACGCUGGCGUCCAACAUCCGGGAGUUCGUCUACGAUCCCGACAACGGUCUCGUAUUUGACCGGUGGUACCGCAAGUACGAAGACCUCUUCCUCAAGGACGGCGCGAAGCUCGACGACGCAGCUAAAGUCCGGUUGCUGCUGAGAAGCCUCAACGUGGCCGUGCACGACAAGUACGUCAACUUCGUGCUCCCGAAGCAUCCCCGUGACAUCGAGUUCAAGGAGACGGUGAAGAAGCUGACCGAGCUCUUCAGUGUCCAAGCCUCGCUGUUCAGCAAACGAUACCAGUGCUUUCAACUGUCCAAGAGCGAGUCGGACGACUUCGUGACAUACGCUGGCAUCGUCAACAAGCACUGCGAGGACUUCGAACUCAAGAAACUCACGGCAGACCAAUUCAAGAGUCUGCUGUUCAUCUGCGGUUUGCGCUCUUCAAGAGAUGCCGACAUCCGCACGAGACUCCUGUCCAUGCUCGAGGUCAACGCGGAGGGCGCAUGCACUUUGGAAGCACUGAUCACCGAAUGCCAUCGCCUCCAAAACCUCAAGCACGAUACCGCCAUGGUGGAACACAAGCCGGUAAGCUCAGUCUGCGCGGUCAAGCAAGAUCGGGACAAGCCUUCACCGACGACGGGUUCCAGCUCCAGCGACAGCCAGUCAACGAAAACACAGUCCGUCCUACCACCAUCGCCCUGCUGGUGCUGUGGCGACAUGCAUUUCGUUCGAGACUGCGCCUACAAACAGCACGUCUGCCAGGACUGCAUGCAGACCGGCCACAAGGAAGGUUACUGCAGCUGCGUGCCCAAGAAGUCCAAGAACAAGCAGCAGACGAACGUCAACAGCCUGUAUGCCGCCAACCGGGUCAACUCUACCUCGAAGCGUAAGUUCCUGACGGUGAACAUCAACGGUUCCCAAGCAUCUUUGCAGUUCGACACCGGCUCGGACAUCACAGUGAUCUCGCGGAAGCAGUGGUGCGACAACAUGGAUUCACCGCCGCUGUCUCCCACCAAGCAGAUUGCCAGAACAGCCUCUGAUGGCGAGCGAUCUGGAUCACAGCGAUCUGGAUCGCACCAAGUCGCACCCUGUGCUGGUCUUAAGGGGGAGAUGUUGCACACCCUGGACUAA